UAACCCGACUAAUAACAUCCACCUCACCCUCUGGCCUCUGGGAGAUGAUAACAUUUGGGAUUAAGGAAAAGCCCAAUUCCAGCAAAAAUUAGACGAACUGGACAUAACUACCGACGUCGAUAGCCCAGCCCACUACCCAAUCGUAGCCCAUACUUUUAAUCAUAGUGGGACCACCACGGGAAAACAAGUUAGGUUUUUUUAGCACGACGGAAGAGCAGACUCCGCGCCGCCGGGAGAAAAGAAGGAAAAAGAAGUGGCAGACAAAUCGUUCUACGCUCUCUACAGCAUAUAUACUUUUGAUCUUGAACUCGAGCUAUCUAUCCCUUUCUUUUCGAUCUUCCGUCAAUGGUGGUCGGCGCUUCUUCUAGGGUUCUCAACGGCGGCAGCCAUUUCUCAUCGUUGGCUUGGCUCCACCGUCAGCCCCCGGACUUCGAAAGCCAAGUUUGGUUUUCCCUUCGAAUGCCUCCCUCCCUCCUCUCUUCUUCUUAUUCGCCUGUAUAGCUCAUGCAAGCAUCUCUGCGCCGAAGAUGAGGAAACCCAAAAGUUUGCUAUGGAAAUUGAUGGCCUGGUUAGAUGAUAUCAUACCGUGGUACCAAGAUCCCUGGCAAAAUUGUCACAGACAUUGCUCUUGCAUGAUGUUUGGUGCAAUUGAAUUGAGUUAGUUUGGUGAUAUAGGUUAAGAGGGUAAGUUUAUAAGGAAAGGAUGCUCAUCCAGCCAAUUCAGAUCCAAUUAUGUGCAGAGCCAAGUGCGAAGACUCGGGUGCUAAACCUAAAUUUUGAUUCUUUAUUUGCAUUCAAGUGUAGAAAAUAGAAGCAUUACUGCUAUGUUAGUGUUGUUAAUACUGGGUUGCAUUAUCUCCAUGGGAAAGUGGUAAAAGCAGAGCCACAAAUACAUUGAGCGAUGGCAAUCUAAGCUGCCCGCGCUAUCCAUUCAUAUCAGCAGCCCCCAUCCAUCAUCCACGUGUCAUUACACUGUUAACUGCUUAUCUAUCUCCCCACUCCCGCAACAAACCAACUUGCAAAGCAACUGGAAGACGCCAGCCAUCAACAGAUUAAGUUUCCUUCCAGUUCUGUUUUUGGGAUCUAGACACAAGUUUUUGGGGGAAGAUCAUCUAGCUAUCUAUCAUGGAGACUGGUAUAGCCUACUGUGGUCGUGGGGCAUUCAUGCCUUCACAGCAUUCAAAAUCUUUGGUGUCCCCUUCAUCCAUCUCUCCUUCCUUCAGCUCCAGGAGCCUGAAGUCAAGCUCAUUGUUUGGAGAAGCUUUGAGGCUGGUUCCAAGAUCUUCAUCGUCAUUUAAGGUUUCCAAGGCAAAGAGCACUGCUCUCAUCACCAGAAGUGAGAUUGGUGACAGUCUGGAAGAGUUUUUGAAAAAGGCAACCACAGACAAGGGACUGAUCAGGGUGCUGACUUGCAUGGGAGAGGCAAUGAGGACAAUCGGGUUCAAAGUAAGGACAGCAUCUUGUGGAGGAACUGCGUGUGUCAACUCCUUUGGAGAUGAGCAGCUUGCUGUUGAUAUGCUUGCUAACAAGGUGCUCUUUGAGGCCUUGGAGCACUCUCACUUCUGUAAAUAUGCUUGCUCUGAGGAAGUACCUGAGCUUCAAGACAUGGGAGGACCAGUUGAAGGUGGAUUCAGUGUUGCCUUUGAUCCACUGGAUGGAUCGAGCAUUGUGGACACAAAUUUUGCAGUUGGCACCAUCUUUGGAGUGUGGCCAGGAGAUAAACUAACUGGGAUUACAGGUGGGGAUCAAGUGGCUGCUGCCAUGGGGGUUUAUGGUCCUCGGACUACUUAUGUUCUUGCAAUCAAGGGCUACCCUGGCACUCAUGAGUUCCUCCUUCUGGAUGAAGGAAAAUGGCAGCAUGUGAAGGAAACCACUGAAAUCGGCGAAGGAAAACUAUUCUCACCUGGCAACUUGAGAGCAACAUUUGACAAUCCUGAUUAUGACAAGCUGAUCAACUACUAUGUCAAGGAGAAGUACACCUUGAGAUACACAGGAGGAAUGGUGCCGGAUGUGAACCAGAUCAUUGUGAAAGAGAAAGGUGUCUUCACCAACGUCAUAUCGCCAACUACCAAGGCGAAGCUGAGGUUGCUGUUCGAGGUAGCUCCACUGGGGCUCUUAAUUGAGAAUGCCGGAGGUUACAGCAGCGAUGGCCACCAAUCUAUUCUAGACAAGGAGAUCAUUGGACUCGACGACAGAACUCAAGUUGCUUACGGGUCCAAACAGGAGAUCAUUCGGUUUGAAGAAACUCUAUACGGGAAGUCAAGGCUCAAGGAGGCUGGUGGUGUUCCUGUUGGUGCUGCUGCUUAAGACAUCUCCAAUACAACUACAAGCUACUCCUGCUUUGUUGGGCAAGAAACUUUAAACUAUCAUGUACACAGCCUGCCUCAAUAACUAGCAUAUCAGCCAGAUCACAUAUUGCGAAUGGAACUGAAAUGGUUUCACAUAUGAUGGAAGUGUAAUGCAAAUGAUCUGGUAUUUUGUCCCUCUGUUAUGUUUUGUUGGCUUAAAACAUACAGAAUUAUAUGCCAAGGGCAAGCCUUCACACCUAGCUGACUAAGUAAGAACUGACCAGGGAGGCAAAUGUGUGGUGUUGUGUCUUGUUGACUAACUUCAACCCGUAAAGUCAAAUUUGGCUACCCAAAUAGUCAAAUAUGGCUUUUUAGCUCCCCAAACCCCAUUUUCACUCCAACCCUACACAAUGCUAAAUUUAGCUUCCUACUUACCUUUUUCCAAUUUAUUACAAUAAAGCAUACUUAUUUGA